AACCUAAUUAAUAUUCAUGAGCACAACGAAUUGAAAACGGAUAUCUUCCACAAACGUCGAUCAGAAAGUUCAUUACUGAGCUCGUUCAUCAUGGAUUUGGCCGCAGCUGUUGGAGAUGGAGAGGUGAAGAAGAAGGAGGGUAAACAAGUGGAAGGAAUCUUUGGAAAGAAGGAUAAGGAUAAAGACAAGAGCAAAGACAAGAGUGACUCUAAGCAUAAGGAUAAAGAUAAGCACAAAGAUAAAGAACAUAAAGACAAAGACAAGAAGAAGAAGAAGGACAAGGAACACAAGAAGAAAGACGGUGGAAAGUCCUCUUCCUCCAGUGAUUCGGACUAAAGCAAGACCAAAGAUUCAUCAAGACAUCUUCAGGAACACAAUGUAAAGCUCUUCAUUAUAUGAUUUUUAUAGGCAGAUGAAUGCAAUAUUUGAUGCAGGAGGGAAUAAUAAAUCACAUGAUGGUUUUGAGCUGUAAAACAUCCAGACGUCCACAAGGUGGCGUCACUUACAUGCAAUAGCUUUAUUUUAAUCAAACACUGGAAAACCAGAGACUGAGCUUUGUGCUGUGAAAAUGCAGUUGUAAUAAUAAAAUCUUGUGUCUGAA